AUGUUUGCAGAAGACAACGAAGACUGUCCUCGGCCAUCACCUGCUUUGUAUCCUGGAAGGAACGUCAUCUUUCCGAAAGACACUGGAUCUCAAAUUCAUCUUAUUCCGAUCUUGGAGCGUGGUAUGGGAAUCUCCCAUCUAUCUCAUGAUUGCUUUUAUCUUCGGGAUGGACGAACCAAACGCAUCAGAAGUGUUACAACUGGUCUCUCACCCAAGAUGAAUUGCCUUCCUACCUUACUCAUUGCUUUGCUUGGUGUCAAGCCUAGCUUCAAACCUCAACUCAUGCCACAGAAUAUUCCGGCAACGCCUCUAGUCCUUGGGGCUCUCACUUAG